AAUGGAGCCCCACUCAUGCCUGCUGGGCUAGAUGGAACCAGUCAGUUUGAGCCUCAAACAGCGGGCCUAGGUCCUAACGGAAAAUUAGGCGGCAUGUAUGGUGGAAUGGGCAGCUCGCCUUUUGGGGGCCAACCCAUUGGAAUGGGCCCAGAUAAAUCUCAAACCAAGUACGGAAUUGGGGGAUUGCCAUUCUCUAGUAAACCUCUCAACAGGGGAGCUAAUGGGGCGGGCAAGUUUGGAUAUGGUGGAAGCCCAUAUGGACCUGCUGGUGAUCCUGCUGGUGGUAAAUUAUCUGGAAAAUAUGGUGGUUUGGCGGCCGGCAUGGGAGGGGAUCCUGCACCUGGUAAAUAUGGAUAUGGUGAGCUCUCCAAUGGUGGGCAACCUCUUGGUCUCGGCAGUGAUAGAAAAUCAGCCGGCAAAUAUGGUUAUGGAGGAUCGCCUUAUGAAGCUCAACCUGUCGGACAUAGCCCUGAAGGCCACAUUGCUGCCCAAUAUGGUCUGGGUGGGUUGCCAUAUGAUCCUGAGCCUAUGGAGCUUGGACAUAAUGGAAAGUUAACAGGCAAAUAUGGCGGCGGUGAAGUUCCCUAUGCACCACAACCUCUUGGAUUUGGGGAUAACCAGGGAUCUUAUGAGUCGCAACCCCUUGAUGCUCUAUCUGCAGCAAAGUCUGCUGGAGGAUAUGAAACAGCCGGUAUGCCUUAUGAGCCCCUGCCUCUUGAGCCAGAGACAGUUGGAAAAUCGUAUGGGAAGGAAGAGCUACCAACUCCAGGCAUGGCAGUCGAAGGCGAGGGCAAAUCCAUUGACAGAUAUGAAAACGGGGGUUACAUUAAUGGACACGUCCAACCUGAAGUUGUUGCGUUUCCUGCAGCCCCUACACCCAGCUCCACCCUGGCCUUGCCCCCUGUCCCCUCCUACGUGCCUCUAGUCUCUUCCUUUACAUCUGAUGUGGAGCCUGUAGCGGGCAUCGAAGACCUGCCUCACCCUGCGGGCACUGCCAGUCUCUCCCUUGCAUCCGCACCUGCUGGCCAAACGCAAGCCCCGCCUCUGCUGCCUGAGCAGUCGCCACGCCAGAUACACAUCCAGCAGCAUCUCAAGCUACACUUUCACCCACAGGGCAAGUCACGGAAAGGAGGACCGGACAACAAAUAUGAUUUGAAUGGCUUCUUUGGGAAUAGCGGCUACCAAGGUUGAGCCUGUUGACCAUGGCAGACUUGAUUAAUUUUUUCCGUUGUAUAUUAUUUUUGACUGUUUCUUAGUUUUGUGUUAUUGUGACUUUCUCCUCUCUGUGGAAUAUUCCUGGCAAUUAAACUUUUGAUUAUCCUUUACUAUUUGUAGAGCUAGAACAACACUUGACUUUUUUUAAAAAAAAAUUUGUGUAAGUGUAUUAUGUUUUUUUUUUUUUUUUAAUGCAUCUUGUGUAUUUCCUUCAAAACCUCUCUGUCCUGCACUUACUGGUCCCUGUUCAUGCAAAGAACUGCUUGACUGUUUGCUUGCUGCAUUUAUUCAGUGUUUUGAUUGAAUCUGUCAGUUUUGCCUGCCUGCUGUCAACUUAACAUAAUUCUAUAAACCAAAAUUCAGGCUAAUUUAUUUUGCAUGGGAUAGGGUUGUUUUUUUAAUUACCUGUGGCAAGCACCUGUCAAUUUUUGGACAGUUUUUGAUUAAUUAAAACCAUUCAGAACCUUUAA